AUGAGCGCAGAUAAUCCCCAGGCCGGAAGGCCCAAGCUGGAGUUCAAUGCAGUCGACGUAAUAAACAAGACAUAUGCAAACUCCACCGAGUACGAUCUGAAUGAUGCAUUGAUAUUCUUGACAAAGGCAAUAAAUAAGACAAAAGUCAGGAACAAACAGCUCGUAAAGCAGCAUUUUGGGAAGUUUGUGCAAUGCAGAGCGGUUCUGGAAGAAAUAUGGACGGAUAUUAAGCAAAAAGGAUAUGACAAAGAGUUUACUUCCGACCUCGAGAGCAACAUCAAAGUAAUAGAGGAAAAGUUCAAGGACAUAACUUCCGGAAUAUCCGAUGAUGGCAACAAUGAAGUAAACAGAAGUAGAAGGGAGUACUACACGAAAAGGUAUGCCUUGCUGUUCAACAUCAAGCUUAAUCUACGGAGGAAUCUGCACAAUCUCGAACGAUUUGUUGAUAUAUACAGAGACGCUGCAAGGAUGUACGAGGAGCUAAGACACUCCGUGUAUGCUCAGAAGAUUUGGAGUUCUAUCCAUGACGAGAGAUGCGAGUUCCUGGAAACUAUCUACAGAAGUAUCCAAAGGCCUGGAUGUUCUUUCCACGAGGCACUCUACUACUUUGAUCUGUAUUUCAAGGUUUGCGAGCACAAGUCUGAGCACAAGAUCAUGAACACUCUGCUGGUGAACUUCAAGGAGAACAGUGCCAGAAGCCUAGAGUUGUCUUGCCUUGACGAGAAGGAGUGUCUAGACGAAGUCACAAAGCACUAUCUGAAACUCAUAGGAAGGGUCAAUGAGAAGAUCCAGAUUCAGGGAACCGACUACUACUUCUGGUGCAUCGAAAAAAUUCUGUACACCAGAGGGCUAUUUUUUUCUAAGGUCUGGAUAAAGAAACUGAGGGAAAAUGUCAGGAUGGUUCAGUUUUCAACGGAUGCAAGGGCAGUCUAUUUCUCCCAUCUCAAGAGAGUAAAGACCAAAGUAAUCGAUGGUGGGUUCCAGGACAUCCCUAAUGUGACGGUUGACACAUUUGGAGAUGCAAUGGAGCAUCUGCAGGAUAUCUUCAAUCUCUUUGCGGAUAUUGUUUCUAAAGAGGAGAAAAGAUACCUUAGGAGCAAAGUCUUGGAGUAUGUGAACAAUUGCUACGAAUCUGUGGAACUGAAGAAAUUCUCCGACCUCGAUACUGUAAUAAAAAACAUCUACGGAAUAAGACAUCUGCUGGGAUCGCCGGACUCGGAGGACGUCAAGGACCUAUACAGGAUGAUAGCCAGAUACAUGGAAAACCACACCACAAGAAUAGUCGGGUUGAUAACAGAGAUGAUUGGAAGGAAGGCGUCAGAUGUGCAGAUUUUGAUGGAGGUUGUAAGAAUUAUAGAGGAGAUGCCAAUGGAGCACCUACGCAUAAUAAGACGCAUAAAACCACUGGUGGAAAAUCGUCCUGUAGCUAUGUAUUACUUGUCCAACAUACUCUCGCUUGAGCCUCCCAGACUAUCCAACGAUCUCAGGAAGAAGGUAGACGAGAUUCGGGAUCAAUUUGGCUUUUUAUUAAGCGUCUGA